CUACUGCUUCCAACAAUCUCAAAACAAGGAACUACUUCUCCAUAGAAAAAGCUACGUUGCAAUACACAAACACAAAAAUUAAAUAUUACAUUUCAGAUUUUCCAUAUAAUAUAACUCCAAUGAUGUUCUUACGAUUCUCUCUAAUAAUAUAUCUUGCUGGAUUACAAACUUUGCUUAUAUCCUCGUAGUUCUGUGCCCGGCUAAUCGCCGAAGGGCUCGUUAUAUCCUGGGGGAAGAUUUCCGGCUACCGGAAAUACUUUCUUGAGGACAUCGUCUGACGCGUCUCGAGCCAUUGCCUUUCUUGUUAUUUUCGUGUGCAGGUAUUGCCAUUAAUUCACUGCAUUGAGGGUGCAGUUCGGUGACAAAAGACUGACUGAAAACGACGAAGAAGGAACUAGCUUCUGGAAGAAAGCAGAAGAGGACGACAACCAGACCCGGACUUGCUGUUGGAAGUUUCUGGAGUGGAAGAAGAAGAAGCGGUUUGUCGGAAGACGUCAGCCAAUUCAGGUGGCGAGAAUAAUUCCCCAACAGUGUAUCCAUAACACAUUGAAUUCUCUACUCAACUUGUUGUGUCUUUCAUGUCACAUUGGAUUCUUUUUCCCAUUGUGUGUGUCCUUUCAUAGCACUUGAUGAUAUUCUUCACUUGAUAUGAUGUAUCCAAACAUAAUAAAUUUGAUGUAUCCUCUACUUGGUGUGAACAUAAAAAAAAACUAUAUUACUAUAAAUACAUGGUCUCACUUGACAUUAGAGUCACACACCCCAUCUUUACUUCCCCCAUUUUCAAGUAUUCUACAACAAGUCAAAAAAAUCACGAGUUCUUUUCUCACAUUUUACAAGUCCAUUAAUGAAGAUGGAGAUGAAUGAGUCUAUUCCGGCCGCAUACGUAUGGCUUUGAUGUCUUCCUUGGUUGCAACAAGAUCCAAUAGUCGUGAGUACAUAGGCUGUAGUUGAGAAGUAGAUAUCCAAGGGGGGAUAAUAUGAAGCCUAAAGUAUAUGACUCACCCAUUUGGAAAAGACUUUGCUCCAUCAAUGAUUUGGCAGUAUCCUUGGUUGACUCUACUUCGCAGCAACUGACCUGGAAGCACUCAAAAGAUGGUAUUAUCACAUGGCACAUUUGGAAGACCUAUUCGGAGCUAAUUUGGGGAAAUCUUACUAAAGCCCCUUCCACUGAAGACCUAAUCUGGAAGAUUAAACUUUAUACCCAAAAUUGGGUUCUAAGUUUCAAUCAUUCUAAGCUGCGAUUUUCUACAGGCGUUCUAACUGAAGAAAAGCGUGUUCCUGUCAACUAUCACAUUUCCCAAAAGCUUUACAAUCCAGUUCGUUGGGUGAAGCCAAAACAGGGGUUGAAAUUGAAUGUAGACGCUGCUUACAUACCUGGCCAAGCAUAUGGAGGUGCGAUUUUGAGAAAUAUUGAUGGUAGGAUGGUCUGUGCUACUGCUUUUCCUCUCGAGGCUCUAUCCAGUUUGGAAGCGGAGCUAAUGGCGCUGAUAAAGGCGACGACUUGGGCGAUUCACAAUGGUUAUGAUGGGUUUCAGGUAGAGUGUGAUGCUGAUGAGGCUCUCGACUAUAUCUCAGGUAGGAAAUUUGGCAGAUGGAAGGAAGAUAUUGUUCGAUUCAGGGAGAUCUCUUUUAGGAAAGGUAUUUCCUUCAGACAUGUUUUACGGGAAGGUAAUGAACCGGCACAUUUGCUUGCGGGCUUCUCUCCGGCCCAUUUGACCAUUUGGACUGAUGUUAAGCUUCUCCCCAGUCCGAUUAGAACUGCUAUUCUUCUGGACUUUUUUAAUUUUCCAUCUUUUAGAUGGCGUGUUUAAUUUGUUUUUUAUUAUUAUUUUGAUUUGUUGGGAGAGGUUUUGGUAUAGUCCCCCUUUCUUUUUGUUCGCCCUCUCUUAUUAAUAAAAUACUGGCAAUUGACCCCCGGCUUUUGCCCCACUGAUUUUGGUGGUUUGCCUUCCGGGGUAAAAAAAAAAGGCUGUAGUUGAGAAGCUGGACAUCAUUUGUUGAUCGAUGAUUACUGAAAUCCAACCCCCACCUACAACACGUAUAUCUUUCGACGCCAUUAUCGCAUGCAACCAGCUUUGUUCAAUCGAAUCAUGAAAGAUGCC